AUGAACGAAAAAUUUAUUAGUUCUACUACAAGAAUCUUCAACACUGUUUACAGUCUAGCGAAAAGAAAUCGUCCGUUUUCAGACAUAGAAAGUGUAAUAGAGCUUCAAUUAAAAAACGGGUUGGACAUGGGAACCGGACUUCAUUCUCGACAUAGUGCAACUUCCACCAUUUCCAGUAAAUCAACGCUUAUAGUUUUCAUCAAAGUAGAAUCUUCUACAGUAGCAUCUUCUGAAAUAACCCCAAUAAUAUUCGUAGAUAUUGUGGAACUUGACGCACAAGAUGCGAAUACUAUUUUUCAAAGUUUGUUGGGUGUAUUACUUGCUGUUGGAUUUGAUACAAAUUAUUUAAAAAUGAAUUUAAUAGGAUUCUGUUCUGACGGUGCUAGCGUAAUGCUCGGUUGUAAAUCUGGAGUCAGCGUACGAAUAAAAGAGAUGUUUCCAAAUGUUAUUAUUUGGCACUGUCUCAAUCACCACCUACAACUUGUUUUAGAUGAUUCCAUAAAAGAUAUCAAACAGGUUAAUCAUUUUAAAGUUUUCAUGGACAAAAUAUAUUGUAUUUUUCAUCAAUCUAAUAAAAACCAAAACAAACUGAAUGAUAUUUCCCAGGAGCUUAGUUUGGAUAUAAUUAAGAUUGGAAGAGUGUUAGGACCAAGAUGGGCUGCGUGCAGUCUAAGAUCUGCACUUGCUGUAUGGCGGAGCUACCCUGCUUUGUAUACGUUGUUCUCUUUUAAUCAAAAAAUGUCUGGAAUGGCAAAACGACUACAAAACAAAUGUUUUCUAGUAGAUUUAGCUCUAAUGAUUGACAUCCUACAGGAGUGCUCUCUGCUAUCUAAUGCCCUUCAAGCUAGAAAUAUAAAUAUUGCCAGGGGAGAUCAACUGAUUAGAAGAAUAAUUAACGCUUUUCAAAUGCUCAAAGAUCGUCGCGGUCAUUACGAAAAAAAAGUGGAUGAAGUUAUAAACUCUGAAGCAUUCAAAAACAUUAUCUUCGUCAAAAACAGAAUUUAUGGAAAUCUUCCCAGAGAUUCCCUUAUUGUCAGCAUCAUAAAAAAUAUGAAAUUAAGAUUGAUGGAUUGUUCUCAACUCGGAUCGAAUACCAAUUUGCUAGAGCCGAGCACAUGGAAAAUUGAAGAUAUUGUAGUUCUGUGGAUAGAGGCCGAAAAUAAUUUUGAUAAAUUUCAAAAAUUUUUUAAUUUUGAUAUCGAUAAGAAUGAUUUCCGUGAUUAUGUAGAAAAUGUAACAAACAAUGGCCAUCUACAAAUUAGUAAAAUUGCAGAAAACAUUCAAAAAGCGAAAAAUAUGAUUAAUACGGUUGCCGUUGGCAGUGCUGAAGCAGAACGAGGAUUUUCAUUGAUGAACAUCAUAAUUACUGAUAUAAGAGCCAGAUUAACAGUGCAGACAGUAUCAAAUUUGAUGACAUUAAACUUAGUUGGUCGUCCAUUGGAAAAUUGGAACGCAGUUCCCUAUGUAAAAACUUGGUUGAGGAACCAUAACUCGGUAGAUGAUAUAAGGGUUAAAAAAUCUAAACCGAAAGAAUAUACUGAAAAUCAAAUAGCUAUUUGGAAAUAUUUUAAAUAA